UAUCUGAGAUUAGAAUAGAAAAUCCCAGAGCGUAGUGAAGAAGGAAAUCAUGGCGUCUCUGGCUCAGCAGCUGAGCGCCCUCAGAUGGUCUCCACUGCCGUCCACGUCUUCGUCAAGACCAACCACCACCCACAACCGCCGCACCCGCACGCUCCUUCCGGUGGUGUGUUCGGUGGCCUUAUCGAAUGCGCAAAACCGAGAGAGAGUGAAGCUCAAAGAGCUCUUCGAGCAAGCCUAUGAGAGGUGCCGCACUGCUCCCAUGGAAGGUGUUUCCUUCACCGUUGAUCAGUUCACUGAAGCUCUUGAAAAGUAUGAUUUUGAUUCCGAGGUUGGCACCAAGAUUAAGGGCACAGUAUUUGCUGUAGAUGCAAGUGGAGCUUAUGUUGACGUUACUGCAAAAUCGACUGCAUAUUUGCCGCUGCAAGAGGCAUGCAUCCACCGAAUUAAGCAUGUGCAAGCAGCAGGCAUAGUUCCUGGCUUGAGAGAGGAGUUUGUAGUCAUUGGUGAAAAUGAAGUUGAUGAUGGCCUGAUCUUGAGUUUAAAGGCUAUUCAGUUUGACCUUGCAUGGGAACGCUGUAGGCAACUUCAAGCAGAAGAUGCAGUUGUCAAGGGUAAGAUUGUCAAUGGAAACAAGGGUGGAUUGGUGGCCGAGGUGGAAGGCCUUAAGGGAUUUGUUCCAUUCUCACAGAUUUCAUCGAAAUUAUCUGGAGAAGAGCUACUUGAGAAGGAACUCCCUCUAAAGUUCGUGGAGGUGGAUGAGGAACAGUCCAGACUUAUCCUCAGUCACCGUAAAGCCGCCGCUGACAGCCAGGGACAGCUGGGAAUUGGAUCAGUAGUAACUGGCACUGUUCAAAGCCUAAAGCCAUAUGGUGCCUUCGUUGACAUUGGUGGAAUCAGUGGUCUCCUUCAUGUCAGUCAGAUCAGUCAUGAUCGUAUAACUGAUAUUGCAACUGUUCUUCAACCUGGUGAUAUUCUGAAGGUGAUGAUACUAAGUCAUGAUCGGGAGAGAGGCCGAGUAAGCCUUUCCACAAAGAAGUUGGAACCCACACCUGGUGAUAUGAUUCGCAAUCCAAAGCUUGUCUUUGAGAAGGCGGAAGAGAUGGCUCAGACAUUCAGACAGAGAAUAGCCCAAGCAGAAGCCAUGGCUCGAGCUGAUAUGCUUCGGUUCCAGCCAGAGAGUGGAUUAACUCUUAGCAAUGAAGGGAUUUUAGGACCACUUUCUUCAGAGUUGCCUGCAGAGGGAGUGGAUUUCAAUGAGGUACCCCCAGCUGAAGAAGAUUCAUGAUUCAGAAUUUUGAGGGUCCUAUGUUGCACCUAGCUCUAGAUUUUUGCUUGUAACUCGAACAAUAUUGCUGUAUAACAAUAAGCUUAUUGUUUUGUUUGGAUAAGUUAAUUUUUUCCUGCUGCUUAGAGAAUACAUUUCUUUCGAGUCAACAAUCCCUCCUCUCCUACAAAUUUCAGUUCUGUUGUGUUGUAUUUAGCCAGAUGAACUAAAAUAUUGAUUUUCAAGAAAGGAAAAGUCAAUUAAUCCUUUUA